CAGAGAGGCGCCGGGGCCAUGGGCUGGGGGAGCCGCUGCUGCUGCCCGGGACGCCUGGACCUGCUGUGCGUGCUGGCGCUGCUCGGGGGCUGCCUGCUCCCCGUGUGCCGGACGCGAGUCUACACCAACCACUGGGCGGUCAAAAUCGCCGGCGGCUUCCCAGAGGCCAACCGCAUCGCCAGCAAGUACGGAUUCAUCAACAUGGGACAGAUCGGAGCCCUGAAGGACUACUACCACUUCUACCAUAGCAGGACGAUUAAAAGGUCAGUUCUCUCGAGCAGAGGAACCCACAGUUUCAUUUCAAUGGAACCAAAGGUGGAGUGGAUCCAACAGCAAGUGGUAAAAAAACGGACAAAGAGGGAUUAUGACUUCAGUCGUGCCCAGCCAACUUACUUCAACGAUCCCAAGUGGCCAAGCAUGUGGUAUAUGCACUGCAGUGACAACACACAUCCCUGCCAAUCAGACAUGAACAUCGAAGGAGCCUGGAAGAGAGGCUACACGGGAAAGAACAUCGUUGUGACCAUCCUGGAUGAUGGCAUUGAGAGAACCCACCCGGAUCUGAUGCAGAACUACGAUGCUCUGGCGAGUUGUGACGUGAAUGGGAAUGACCUGGACCCAAUGCCUCGUUACGACGCAAGCAACGAGAACAAGCAUGGGACCCGCUGUGCUGGAGAAGUGGCAGCCGCAGCGAACAACUCUCACUGCACAGUCGGAAUUGCUUUCAAUGCCAAGAUCGGAGGGGUUCGGAUGCUGGAUGGAGAUGUCACGGACAUGGUUGAAGCGAAAUCGGUUAGCUUCAAUCCCCAGCACGUGCAUAUCUACAGUGCAAGCUGGGGCCCCGAUGAUGAUGGCAAGACCGUGGAUGGACCGGCUCCACUCACCCGACAGGCCUUUGAAAACGGCGUUAGAAUGGGGCGGAGAGGCCUCGGCUCUGUUUUUGUCUGGGCCUCGGGAAACGGUGGAAGGAGCAAAGACCACUGUUCCUGUGAUGGCUACACCAACAGCAUCUACACCAUCUCCAUCAGCAGCACAGCUGAGAGUGGGAAGAAGCCUUGGUACCUGGAAGAGUGUUCAUCCACACUGGCCACCACCUACAGCAGCGGAGAGUCGUACGAUAAGAAAAUAAUUACUACGGAUCUGAGGCAGCGUUGCACGGACAACCACACUGGGACCUCGGCCUCGGCCCCCAUGGCCGCAGGCAUCAUUGCGUUGGCCCUGGAAGCCAAUCCGUUUCUGACCUGGAGAGACGUGCAGCAUGUUAUUGUCAGGACUUCCCGUGCGGGACAUUUGAACGCUAAUGACUGGAAAACCAAUGCUGCUGGUUUUAAGGUGAGCCACCUGUAUGGAUUUGGACUGAUGGAUGCGGAAGCCAUGGUGACGGAAGCAGAGAAGUGGACCACUGUUCCUCAGCAGCACGUGUGCGUGGAGAGCACAGACCGACAAAUCAAGACCAUCCGCCCCAACAGUGCGGUGCGCUCCAUCUACAAAGCUUCGGGCUGUUCUGAUAACCCCAACCACCACGUCAACUACCUGGAGCACGUAGUUGUGCGCAUAACCAUCACCCAUCCCAGGAGGGGAGACCUGGCCAUCUACCUGACCUCGCCCUCAGGAACCAGGUCCCAGCUUUUGGCCAACAGGCUCUUUGAUCAUUCUAUGGAAGGAUUUAAAAACUGGGAGUUCAUGACCAUUCAUUGCUGGGGAGAGCGAGCCACCGGUGACUGGAUCCUUGAAGUUUACGAUACCCCCUCCCAGCUGAGGAACUUCAAGACUCCAGGGAAAUUGAAAGAAUGGUCUUUGGUCCUCUAUGGCACCUCCGUGCAGCCGUACUCACCAACCAAUGAGUUUCCUAAAGUAGAACGUGUCCGCUAUAGCCGAGUAGAAGACCCCACCGAUGACUAUGGUACCGAGGAUUAUGCAGGUCCCUGUGACCCUGAGUGCAGUGAGGUCGGCUGUGACGGGCCAGGACCAGACCACUGCAGUGACUGCUUAAACUACUACUACAAGCUGAAAAACAACACCAGGAUCUGUGUCUCCAGCUGCCCCUCUGGCCACUACCAUGCUGACAAGAAGCGAUGCAGAAAGUGUGCUCCCAACUGUGAGUCCUGCUUUGGGAGCCAUGGUGACCAGUGCCUGUCCUGUAAAUAUGGAUACUUCCUAAAUGAAGAAAUCAACAGCUGUGUUAUCCACUGCCCUGCUGGAUUAUACCCAGACACCAAGAAAAGUCUUUGCCGGAAAUGCAGUGAAAACUGCAAGACAUGUACUGAAUUCCACAACUGUACAGAAUGUAGGGAUGGGUUAAGCCUGCAGGGAUCCCGCUGCUCCAUCACCUGUGAGGACGGGCAGUACUUCAAUGGCCAGGACUGUCAGCCCUGUCACCGCUUCUGUGCCACCUGCGCUGGGCCGGGCGCUGACGGGUGUAUUAACUGCACGGAAGGCUACUUCAUGGAGGAUGGAAGAUGCGUGCAGAGCUGCAGUCUCAGCUACUACUUUGACCACUCUUCAGAGAAUGGAUACAAAUCCUGCAAAAAAUGUGAUGCUACCUGUUUGACAUGCAAUGGUCCGGGGUUCAAGAACUGCACGAGCUGCCUCAGCGGCUAUCUCUUAGACUUAGGGACGUGUCAGAUCGGCGCCAUCUGCAAGGACGGAGAAUACAUUGAUGAACAUGGUCACUGCCAGGUCUGUGAAGCCUCGUGUGCCAAGUGCUGGGGGCCAACUCAGGAAGACUGCACUGACUGCCCCAUCAUAAGGACUUUUGACAAUGGCCGCUGCAUUUUCAAAUGUCCCUCAGGGAAAUUUGAAUUUCAGAACGAAUGCCAUCCCUGCCACUACACCUGCCGAGAAUGCCAAGGAAAUGAGCCUUCCAGCUGCACUGCCUGUGGAGUAGAUAAGCAUGGCCAGGAGCGCUUCCUAUAUCAGGGGGAGUGUCAGGAGAGCUGCCCAACAGGCCACUACCCUGCCGAGGGGCACACCUGCCUGCCCUGCUCAGACAACUGUGAGCUUUGCCACAGCGCACACAUCUGUACACGAUGCAUGGGCGGCUACUUCAUAGUGCCCACCAACCAUACCUGCCAGAAGUUGGAGUGUGGACAAGGUGAAGUUCAAGACCCAGACUAUGAAGAGUGCGUGCCUUGUGAAGCAGGAUGUCUGGGGUGCAGCUUGGAUAAUCCAGAAACCUGUACAUCAUGCACUCCGGGGUAUUACAUGUUUGAACACCACUGUUACAAGUCCUGUCCUCAGAAGACCUACAGUGAAGAAUCUGAAUGCAAAGCGUGUGAGACCAACUGCGGCAAUUGUGACCAGCAUGAGUGCUAUUGGUGUGAAGAAGGCUUCUUUCUCCUGGGUGGCUCUUGUGUGAGCACAUGUGGUCCUGGCUUCUAUGGCGACCCAGAGCUGGGCCAGUGUGAGCGCUGCCACCCAGCCUGCGUGACCUGCAGUGGCCCUGGCUACCAUCAGUGCGGCAGCUGCCGGGAAGGACUGCAGCUGCGACAUGGGACAUGCUCGGAGCCUGCCCAGACCCAGGUGGAAGGCAAAUUCUGGAACGAGCCUGUGCCCACUGCAAGCCCAUCUUUGGUGAGGAGCCUGCCACAGAAGCGACGGCGGAAGUUUCAAAUCAAAAGAGACAUUAUGAGAGGACACCAGCCUUGUCAUCCUUCUUGUAAAACCUGCAAUGAAUCUGCGACCCUGUGCACUUCGUGUCCAAAAGGCACGUAUCUGCUGGCCCAGGCCUGUGUCUCCUCCUGUCCUGAAGGCACAUGGCCCUCGGCGAGGAGUGGCCACUGUGAGAACUGUACGGAGGACUGUACCUCCUGCUCUGGAGCCCAUCUCUGCAGAACGUGCCGGACGGGGCCGGACUUCCCUCUCUUCCUCCACGAAGGCAGGUGCUACACCAGGUGCCCUGAGGGCUUCUAUGCAGAAGACAGCACAUGUGAGCAGUGUAGCUCUCCUUGCAAAACAUGCGAAGGAAACGCCACCAACUGCCACUCUUGCCAAGGAAGCCUCAUCCUGCACCAGGGAGCAUGCCAGGAAGCCUGCCCCGAGAGGCAUGUGGCCAUGGAGGGGGUGUGCAAGCAUUGCCCUGAGAUGUGUCAGGACUGCAUCCAUGAGAAGACAUGCAAAGAGUGUAUGCCUGGGUCCUUCCUGUACCAGGAUAUGUGUCAUCCAUCCUGUCCCCACGGCUUCUACGCAGACAUACGCAAGUGUGUCCCCUGCCACGAAGACUGUCUGGAGUGUAGUGGCCCCUCAGCGGAUGACUGCGACCUCUGUGCCGAGCCGUCCCUGGUUCUCUAUGAUGGACAGUGUUUGGACGAAUGUCCAGUGGGAACUUACUAUGAAAAAGAGACUAAGGAUUGCAGAGAUUGCCACAAGUCCUGCCAGACCUGCUCAUCACCUGGGAUUUGCACGGCCUGUCAGGAGGGCCUUCUGGUCAACCACCACGGGGACUGCGUGCCUCACCAGGAAUGUGCCCCCGUUGAGUACUGGGAUGUGGAGGCUCUGGGAUGCAAGCCCUGCCAUGCUAAGUGCUUCCGCUGCACAGGGCCUGCCGAGGACCAGUGUCACACCUGCCAGAGGGACAACCUUCUUUUCAACAGGACCUGCGUGCAGGACUGCCCCGAGGGCUACUAUGCUGAUGAGGACAGCCACCAAUGUGUCCCCUGCCACAGCUCUUGCAGGACGUGUGAAGGGAGACACAGCACACAAUGCCUCUCCUGCCAACCAGGCUUGCUCCAGCUGGAAAAAGAGUGCCUGCUGCAGUGCCUGGAAGGAUACUACGCAGAAAUCUCCACGGGACGGUGCAAGAGGUGCAGCAAGAGCUGCAAGGCAUGCCGGGGCCCGCAGCCCACCGACUGCCUCUCUUGCGAUUCGUUUUUCUUUCUGCUCCGCUCCAAGGGAGAGUGUCAUCGCACCUGCCCAGAGCACUACUAUGCGGAGCAAGACACACGGACGUGUGAGAGAUGCCACCCGACCUGCGACAAAUGCAAAGGAAAAGGAGCAUUGAAUUGCUUAUCCUGUGUGUGGAGUUACCACCUAGUGGGAGGAAUCUGCAUCUCAGACUGUCUGGUGGGGGAGUACAGAGUGGGAGAGGGCGAGAAGUUUAACUGUGAAAAAUGCCACGAGAGCUGUGUGGAAUGCAAGGGACCUGGCACCAAGAACUGUACCAUGUGCCCCGCCAGCCUGGUGCUGCUUAUGGAUGACAACCGUUGCCUACACUGCUGUAACAUGUCCGAUCCCGCCAACACCCAGGACUGCUGUGACUGCCGGAACACCACAGAGGAGUGUAUCCUUCAAGCAAGUGAAAUUGGGCCUGCGGGCAAACAGACCAAGAUAGCCCUGUUCAUCACCUCCUCCGUUAUGCUGGUGCUUCUGCUCGGGGCAGCUGUGAUUGUCUGGAGGAAAUCGCGGGGCCGAGUCCAGCCAGUAGCGAAGGCUGGCUAUGAGAAGCUGGCUAACCCUAGCAAGUCAUACGUUUCCUAUAAGAGCAGCCCCAGCUUUGAAGAGGAUCAGGUGAUUGAGUACAGGGACCGGGACUAUGAUGAGGAUGAUGAUGAUGACAUUGUCUACAUGGGCCAAGAUGGCACUGUUUACCGGAAAUUUAAGUAUGGGCUGCUGGAUGAUGAGGAGGAGGAUGAGCUGGAAUACGAUGACGAGAGCUACUCCUACCAGUAGACAAGAGGCCACCCGCCCCUCACCCUUCCCCAUUCCACUCACAGGCAUGCAUUCGAGCGUUACAGUUUUGGAGUUUUAUCCCCACACAUCAGGCUGAUGUGUGGGUGUUUGUCUUUGUCCUCUUAACCGUGAGUCCAACUAGAGUAUGUAAGAAUGCUGAAAUAAUUUGUUCUUCUUUUGAGUGGCUAAACUCAAUUAACCAUAACUGAGGAACAAGGAUAAAAUUCAGAGAGAUUUCCCUCAAAAUAAUAAGUCAAAAUACAGGAAGUGAAAAAAGUGAGAUUUGUACAUUUCAUGAGAUUAAAAAGUA